CGAUUUCUUCUACAGAUUGGUCACCGUAGAUAAGCACAAUAGCUGAUACGAGGCACACGUAUUUUCUUUCGCCAAAGAAGCAGGUCUCAUGAUGCCAACCCCAAAUAGCUCUACUUCUUCUGCAAAAAGCUUCCACAGAGCGAGCUCCGAGCUGGACUCUAAACAGCUUGACUCGGUAACGUCGCCCAGGUUUGUUGGAAGGAGGCAAAGUUUAAUCGAAGAUGCCCGAAAAGAAAGGGAAGCCGCAGUGGCCGCUGCUGAAUCUGGAGACACCGCCGAUCAUAUCGUCUUUGAAGAAGAAGAUGGAAAAGCUAUGGUCAACCUGUUCUUCCGUCUGAGAAACACCAAAAACUCGUCCUUGUCCCGCACACUGAAAGUCUUUGAGACCUUUGAGGCAAAGAUUCAUCACCUUGAAACGAGACCCAGUCGGAAACCCAAAGAUACUCUUGAAGACCUUGAAUAUUUUAUUCGGUGUGAGGUUCACCUGUCUGAUCUCAGCACUCUCAUCAGCUCAUUGAAGAGAAUUUCAGAAGAUGUCCGGACAACGAAGGAGGAAAAAUUUCACUGGUUUCCAAAGAAAAUUUCAGAGCUGGACCGAUGUCACCAUCUGGUAACAAAAUUUGACCCAGACCUUGAUCAAGAUCACCCUGGCUUCACGGAUCCUGUAUAUCGCCAGCGUAGAAAACAGAUAGCUGACAUAGCUUUCAGUUACAAACAUGGGGAUCCAAUACCUUAUGUGGAAUACACAGAAGAAGAAAUUGGAACUUGGAGAGAAGUGUUUUCAACUCUCAAAAGCCUGUACCCUACACACGCCUGCAGUGAACAUUUAGAAGCCUUCAAGUUGCUGGAAAGGCAUUGUGGCUAUAAUGAAAAUGCCAUUCCCCAGCUGGAAGAAGUUUCUCGCUUCCUCAAAGAAAGGAGUGGCUUUCAGCUGCGUCCUGUAGCGGGUCUGCUCUCGGCAAGGGACUUUCUAGCCAGCCUCGCUUUUCGAGUUUUUCAGUGUACGCAAUACAUUCGACAUGCUUCAUCUCCAAUGCAUUCUCCUGAGCCGGAUUGUGUCCAUGAACUACUGGGACAUGUUCCAAUUCUUGCUGACAAAACCUUUGCGCAGUUCUCACAGAACAUAGGUCUUGCUUCUUUGGGUGCCACAGAUGAAGAAAUUGAAAAACUGUCGACUCUUUACUGGUUUACUGUGGAGUUUGGCCUGUGUAAGCAAGGUGGAGUCCUGAAAGCAUAUGGGGCUGGACUGCUGUCAUCGUAUGGAGAGCUGCUUCACUCUUUAUCAGGUGAGCCAGAGCUCAGAGAAUUUCAACCUGAAGCUGCAGCAGUUCAGCCUUACCAGGACCAGACUUACCAGCCAGUAUACUUUGUCUCUGAGAGCUUCUCGGAUGCAAAGAAGAAACUCAGAGGCUAUGCAGCAAAUAUCAAGAGGCCAUUUUCUGUCAAGUUCGAUCCUUACACCUACAGCAUUGAUGUGCUGGAUAAUCCUCAAAAAGUCAAAAUGGGCCUUGAGUCUGUUAAGGAUGAAUUACGGAUUCUGUCUGAUGCUCUGAACAUCAUGGGUUAAAAAACGAUGAUGCCAUGUCUUGCACUUGCUUCUGUGCAUUGUGAUUCUGCACUGUUGUGUAACUGGAUUGACUUACUAGAAAAAAAACAAAUUUGCAAAAAAUGAAGUGAAAUGUAAAGCGUGGAUUGUCAAAUUCAUUGGUAACUAUUUUUGUACCCAUUUGUUAGUGUUUUCAGGCAAGUUGCUUUGAAUGAGAAUGAGAUGCUAGUUUACCUAAAUGCAAAGUAUGUUUCCUAUGAUAUUUAAGAAUCAGUUUCCUUUAUUAACAAUUUAGCCAUCCUCCAGCAAGAAGAAACUAAACUGACAGAGCACAUCUAAAUCCCAAAGACAGAACCCACAGCAGUUGUUCUUUACGGCUACAGAAAAGCAGUGUGCUGCUGUCAAUUAUCUUUAAUAAUAAUUCUUUUAUUUUCUCAUUUAUGUAAGAUUUUUAAAGACAAGGGGUCUGACUGCACUCAUUAGCUGACUGGAUAGUUGAGAUGGCCUAAUGCUAGAAAAGUGUGGUUUGAUGUCAGUGAAGACAAGAGGUUAAAGAAAUAGGAUUUGGAUCUUUUAAAAUCGAUUUGUCAGAAAUGUUAAAACAUGUUGGAGAAAGUGUAAAGCUAGCAAUACUUCUGCUUUUAGUAGUAGCAAAAUGAACAGAUAUGUUUCUGUGUUCUGUCAGCCUAUGUUCUAAAUGUGAUAUAUGACAUGUAUACUAUAUGUACAUUUUUUAUUCCCAUUUACAAUUCCUUAUGUUAUUGAUUAUGUGUAAUUUAUACAUAUUCAUUUUGCAUACUUUCUAAGUGAAUAGUUGAAUUGUUUUUAUUUACAGCAUAUCUCACCAUGAUGUUAUAUCCUUAUUGCAAAAAAAAUCCCCAUUAUUCUGGAAAUAAAAUGUGCAAUAUUUAUUGUAAA